UUUUAUGCUCUUUAGGUAACAGAAAAUUAUCACAGAGAAUGCAAACAAAUGUUCAAAUAUGCUCAGUUAUAGGCGGAGUUAGCUGGCGCAGGUAUAAAAGGCGAUGCUCUGAGUAGUAAGAGCUCAUAACGAGUUUGUUACUCAAAGCGUAAAGAAGCUAGAAAAAGCAGAAAACAUUAUACGUCGUGUAAUAUUUUAAUUACUACAACCAACAGCAAAUAUUUUGAAAAAAUAUAAAAACAAGAUUUAUUUGAAAAAAACAAAUCAAAACGCUUAAUAAACGGAUUACGGUUUAAAACCUCACACGCAGCAAAUUACCCCACAGUGGAUUAUAAAAAAGUGUAUUGAAAAAUAUAUUUCAAGAAUUUAAAAUAUUUUAAAGAAAUAAAAAUAAUUAAGUUUAAUAACUUAAAAGCAAAAAUAAAAAGUGUCAAGCUAAUAAUACAAUAUACAGUAAUAAAAUAUACUGUGGAAAAAAAUAAAUAUUAAAAAAAGAAAUCUAAAAAUAAAAAAAAACCUCGCAAUACUUUUUUUUUAUUUUUGAAAAUAAAAUAAUAAACCGCUGAGCUCUACAACAACUCUACUUGGACGCUUUCAAUAAACAGCCUUCAAAAUUCUACUAAAAGAACGUAAAGCGAUUAUUUCUAAAAUGAAAUCUUUAACGGCCGUCUGUCAAACCGGUGCCUCCAUGCCCGCCAUCAAUCCCAACGGUCGCAUUAAUCGUCCUCCCCAUCAUCGUGGUGAUGGCGAAAAUGCCGAAAUGAAAAUGUACUUGUCCAAACUCAAGGAUCUCGUACCAUUCAUGCCCAAAAAUCGCAAACUCUCCAAAUUGGAAAUCAUACAGCAUGUCAUCGACUACAUUUGCGAUCUGCAGUCCGAAUUGGAGACACAUCCCGAAAUGAGUAACUUUGAUGCUGCGGCUGCCCUAAAUUUCACCGCCAAUUUGGAAAGAGUUACUGCUGCUGUCAACAAUGGCCAUGAUGAUGAGGGCGAUGACGAGGAAGAUGAUGAGAUGUAUGAGGGUAUACAAGAACGUUUAAAUGGUUCCAUGCAACUACAACAACAAUCUAGUCCGGCACAGCGUCAGCCUUUGGUUGAUCGUCAAACACCAAAUACUAUUUUACCCGCCACACAACAACAGCAGCAACAACAAAUGAUUGUAUCAGCAGUUAAUAAUACAACAGCAACCUCCAACUCCAUCACCACCAACUCCUUAGCGGCUGUAACCUCAUCACCAUCAUCAACAGCUGCAGCCACAACAACAUCUGCUGCCACAAAUUUAUCAUCACAUACGUUAAUCAAUGAAAAAGACUUGGACAGCAGCAGGCAGCCAUGUUAGAUGUCACACGUAAAACUAUUUAACAUUUUUAAUAAUUUAAUUAAAAACCAUGAAUUCCUCAUUUAAUUAAACAAAAAAACAGAAAAUCCUGAAAAAACGAUAAAAGGCUGCUUUUUUCAUAAAACAAACCACAAAACUAAACUCGAAUCUAUAAAAAAUAAUUUAAAAGCAGCCUUUUAAU